CGAGCCCUGGCACUGUGCUCCUCUCGUGCCAGCGUCGCCCCGCCUCUAGGAUAGGACCCGCCCCUGCCCUGCUGCCUGGGACCUGGCGGGCGCUUCUGUCAGGUUGCCCCGCUGCCCUGCAUCCGGUCUCGAAUAGCUGUGAGGAGCGGGUGUGCGGCCUUAGGGACAACUCUCUCCCCGCCAGCGUCUUCGUGACCCUCUCCCAGGCUGUCCGAAUACUGACGUGGAACAACUCGUUCUGAACCCUCAUGGAGAAGUUUGGGAUGAAUUUCGGGGGCGGCCCAAGCAAGAAGGACCUCCUGGAGACCAUUGAGACCCAGAAGAAGCAGCUCCUCCAGUACCAGGCACGUCUCAAGGAUGUAGUCCGCGCCUAUAAAAGUCUGCUGAAAGAGAAAGAGGCGCUGGAGGCCAGCAUUAAGGUGCUGUCGGUAUCCCACGAGGCGGAUGUGGGCCUUGCAGGUGUCCAGCCUCAAGGCCUCACCUUUCCUGACUCUGUGGAUGACCUAUGCUCCACUCACAGUGAGGAUAGCACCGGGACCGCCACAAGCUUAGAUACUGCAGCCAGUCUCACCAGCACCAAGGGUGAGUUUGGGGUAGAAGAUAACAGACUGGCCCGUGGACCACCACCUCUAAAGUCCGAAGAGGCCAGUGGAUCGGAGAGCGGCGUUAGCAGUAGUAGUGGGGAUGGACCGUCUGGGAGUGGGGAGGUGGACAAACGACUGCACCAGCUGAAGACUCAGUUGGCCACUUUGACCAGCUCUUUGGCUACAGUCACCCAGGAGAAGUCCCGCAUGGAAGCUUCUUACCUGGCUGACAAAAAGAAGAUGAAACAGGACUUAGAUAAUGCCAGUAAAAAAGCAGAGGAGGAGAGGGGCCGGCUGGAGGGAGAACUGAAGGGGCUGCAGGAGCAGAUAGCAGAAACCAAAGCCCGACUUAUCACGCAGCAGCACGAUCGGGCCCAAGAGCAGAGUGACCAUGCCUUGAUGCUGCGUGAGCUCCAGAAGCUGCUGCAGGAGGAGAGGACCCAGCGCCAGGACUUGGAGCUUCGAUUGGAAGAGACCCGAGAAGCUCUGGCUGGGCGGGCCUAUGCAGCCGGUCAGAUGGAAGGGUUUGAACUGCAAACCAAGCAGCUGACCUGUGAGGUAGAGGAGCUAAAAGGUGAGCUGCAGGCUCUUCGAGAUGAGAAGAAUCGGCCUGACCCCCGGCUGCAGGAGCUUCAGGAAGAGGCCGUCUGCCUUAAAAGCCAUUUCCAGGCUCAGUUGCAGCAGGAAAUGAGGAAGACAGCCCUCGCCGAAGAUCAGCUACGACAGCAGUCGCAGUUGGAAGAGCAGAGGGUGGCGGCCCUGGAGAAUCAAAUAUCUGAGGUGUCGGAACUGCUGGGCACCUAUGAGAAAGCCAAGCAGAAGGACCAGCUGGCCAUCCAGAAGCUGAAGGAGCGCAUUCUUCAGCUGGACCUGGAGAACAAGACACUGGCGCUAGCGGCCUCUAGCCGGUCCUCUCUGGACAGCCAUGGAGAGGAGUCCAGUCUGGAUGUCAAUGUCCUGAAGGACAAGAUGGAGAAGCUGAAGAGGCUGCUUCAGGUUGCGGCCAGGAAGAGCCAGGUGACCUUGGACGUGGAGAAGCUCUGCAACCUGGAGAUAAUGCCCAGCUCAGAGGCUGCCGACGGGGAGAAGGCCAGCGCGCUCUACUACCAGCAGGAGCUGAAACAGCUGAAGGAGGAGUUUGAGAGGUACAAGAUGCGGGCCCAGGUCGUCCUCAAGAGCAAGAACGUCAAAGACGGGAACCUGGGCAAGGAGCUGGAGGAAGCCCGGGAGCAGCUGGCGGAGCUGAAGGAGAAGUACAUCUCGCUGCGGCUGUCCUGCGAGGAGCUCGACUGCCAGCACCAGCAGGAGGCUGAGGGCUGGAAGCAGGAGCUGGCCCGGCUGCAGCACAUCCACCGGCAGGAACUGGAGCGGAGCCAGCUGGACUUCAGGGACCGCACGCUGAAACUGGAGGAGGAGCUGCACAAGCAGCGGGAUCGGGCCCUGGCUGUGCUGGCCGAGAAGGACCUGGAGCUGGAGCAGCUGCGUUCCGUGGCCUUGUCCUCUGGGCUGCCGGGACGCAGAAGCCCUGUGGGCAGUGUGGGCCCCGGUGAUCCGGCGGACACAUCUGCUCCGGACAGCCUGACCCAAGCCCUGCAGCUAGCUGCGGCCAACGAGCCCACUUUCUUCCUUUACGCCGAGCAGUUGGCCCGCAAGGAGGUGGAGAUCACGUCACUGAGGAAGCAGAAGCACAAGCUGGAGGGGGAGGUGCAUCAGCUGCAGGAUCGGCUGCUGGAGGAGGGGGAGCGGCAUCGGGAGGAGGUGGGAGCCCUGCAGAGCCACAUUGCAAAGAACAUCAGGGACCAGAGUCGGGAGGGAGCCAACCUGGAGUACCUCAAGAACAUCAUCUACCGCUUCCUGACCUUGCCGGACACCGUGGGCCGCCAGCAGACGCUCACCGCCAUCCUCACCAUCUUGCACUUCAGUCCGGAGGAGAAACAAGUGAUCAUGCGGCUCCCAGCCGGUGGUAGUUGGUGGCCUUCUGGCAAGAGAUGAU